AAUAGCCUGCCCCCGCAGAAGCAAGCCACGCGAGAACAAGUCGUCAAGACUCGUUAGUCAAUUGCCAUCUGGACCCAAACGCAAUUAAUAAGGCGCGAACGACUUGACGGAAGCUCAUGUGUAUUUCUCAUGGAAAUGGCUGAAAAACGCGAAUCACACUUCGACAGCCGACUAAUGCAACACAUCCAGUUUGGUCGAGCGAACGAAGCGAACUCGAUGCUGAACGAAGAGUUGGCCAGAGCAUCGGACGAACAGACGAACACACUGCUGCAUUACGCGGUUUUGGGGCAGAGUCCAGAUAUCGUGCAGCACCUGGUGGAGCUCGGCGCCGAGAUCGACUUGCCGGGGAAAGGCGGCAACAGCCCCUUGGAGCUGGCUAUAGAGCGCGUCGACGCAGCAGCUUUCAAUGCCCCGGAAGAGCGAGGCGAAGAUCGCGCUGCAGCUGAUGGUUUUCGGGCGGCGCCGGCGCCGAAGAAGCUGCGCGUCAAGAUUCUCGAGCUGCUCGUCGGCGAGCUACGCAGCCGGACGCUCGACACCGAGCAGCUAGCCGACAAGCUGCUGUCGGCCGGCUUCAAUCUGCUGCACUGCGUCGCUCACUCGGGGGACGAGCAGUUGCUGCGUUGCAUGCUGCAGCGCGGACUGGACGCGAACUCGAGGGACCACUGCGGCAGGACGGCACUGCACCUGGCCGUCAUGCGCAAUCAGCCGCGGUUGGCGAGGCUGUUGCUGGAGCACGGCGCCGACGUGGACAGGGCGUCGCGCGUAGUCGCGGGCAGACCGAUACUGAUUGCCGCGAGCAACGGGUACAGAGACACGAUGAAAGUUUUGCUGGAGGCAGGCGCCGACCCCAACGCCACGUUCGCUCGCAUCGACAUCACGGCGUUGCGCCUGGUCUUCAAGAAUUUCGGCAACGUGCCCGUCGACGAGUCGGACGAAUGCCUGCAGCUGCUACUCGAGCACGGCGCCAUUCCCCGAAAUUUCAGCAGACUGCUCGACAUCGCCCUCGACAAGAACGAGCCCAAGAAGAUCAACAUGCUAAUCAAUCACUUGGCAAUGCUCGGCCUGCUUGGCAGGCCGAUUACCAAGUCGGACGUCCACUGCAAACAAGACCGACUGCGCUCGACCAUUCCGGCGAUGCUCGACUCCUGCCGUGAAUUUCUCAAGCGCGAGCUUCGCGCGAACUUGACUGUGCUCGAGUUGCUGACAAACAGCAAAGUCAGAAUGAAGAUUCUCGUGCGCAACGACGAUUUGAUGGGGACGCUGGAGAUAUUACUCUCGGAGGACCAAAAUAACGAGCUCUUUCCCUAUUACUGCAGUGCGCUCAAUGAGCGAAUAGCCAAGGCCAGGCGUACGGCCGAACUGGAGGACGUCGCGGUCGCAGUUCUGCUUCAAAUUAUGCACUGCUAUCGGGGCCAGUGCGAGUUGGCAGCGAGAAUAGUUGUCGACUAUCUAAAUGACGAAGACCUCGAGCAGUUGAGUCUAAUGUUUUGAUUGUACCCUCGAUACCCAGAUCUGGUACUCGUUUAGCGAGAUGUUCGUACGAAUUUUAUAAUCAUUGGACGUUAUACCGAUUCUCAAUCAUGUACACCUCGUUCCAAGUUUGAUUACGAUCGGCUUAAUCUUGUACCUUGCGGUUUCUUCUCGGGAGGAUGUUUUAUAUAGUCAGUACUAGAGAUAUUCCUGAUUAUCGAAAAUGAUUAUAGUUUGAACGUGCCUUUGACAAUUUUUUGUAUUUAGGAAUUGUCAUGUAUUCAAUAAAAUAUUGACACUGUAUGUAAACGAUUGAUUGAAAAUGAUAACAGAGUAUUCUAUAGAGUAUUACUUGAAUGUAUAAGUGACGUUAUUUGCAGUUUUAUUUUUAUAUUUGCAUUGCAAAUACGGUUGCAUCGAAAGCCAAUUUAAUCGUUAUUAACAAUGAAACGACAGUUUGCGAGCAGAUUAAAGACUAUUGUAAUUCCAUCGUAAUCUCUUCACUUCAAUGUAUUAUACAAAAUGUAAGUUGACGGAUGGGAAUUUUAAGUUAUAUCCAAUUAUAUAGAUCAUGUAUCUAUAUAUUAGUCUAAUACGAUUGUGCUGCCAUAAUCUGAGUAAAUUUCAUCCCUGAGCUAAAGUAUUGGCAGUGAGGGAGGAGUCGAUCAGUUUGGCCUCAACACGUAGAUAAAUCAUAAGCUGUUCAGAAGUGUUGCCGCAGCGGUGAACAUCGUUGCCAUCGCUGAUCUGCAUGGCUUUCUAAUGUAAAUUGCUCGGAUUGAUCGUUACUUCGACAUCGUAACUGGCUUGAGUGCUUGAAUCUUGAAAACAUCUGAAAUGUCCGAGUGCUAUCAAUUCCCUCCAGAGGUGAUAAGUGAUCUAAAGAAUCACAAGAACGAUGACCUAAGAGAAGCGUUGAAAAAAGAUAAAAGUCUCUUCACAGCGUGCGACGACUUCGGCACGUUGCUGCAUUAUGCAGCUCUACUCGACAAUGCAGAUAUCAUGCCCGAUUUGGUCGCAGGCGGAUCUGACCCUAAUUCAUUGGAGGGCAAAAGAACUACACCUAUAGUAACAGCUGCGUUAUCUAAUUCUACGGCAGCAUUAGAACAGUUGUUCCGACUGGGAGGCAACUUCGAUAUUAAUUCCCGUGAAGGCCUAUUUGUCGUGUACAAGCUUUUGAGUGAACAACGCACAGAGCCGGAUAUGAUUGCAAUAUUCAUCGACAAGUUCGUGAAACCUAAAACACCUACUCCCCGGGAGAUGGCUGACAUCUUUACACGCUGUGGCUCCUCGCUGUAUCACGUCAGCUGUGCCAGAAAUAUCAGUGUGUUAGAGGAAAUGCUGACUCAUAGAAAGAUGAACAUCAAUUCUAAAGGCGAUUUGCAAAAAACUGCACUGCAUUCAGCUGUAAUGCUGAAAGACCUGAAUCUCGUGAAGUGGCUUCUCCUUAAGGGUAUUGAUAUUAACGCAAUUGAUGUUGCGGGCUUCACGGCGUUAUCUCUCGCCUCGUACUACGGUCAAUUGAAUAUGAUCAAGGUGUUGUUGAGAUACGGCGCAAAUGCUAAUGCCAAGGACACGCAUGUUGGGCUUACACCUGUAUACCUAACUUUUGCGGGUGCCUGCAAAAAUAUUACUACGCAACGAUAUGACGAAUGUGCUGACUACCUACUUCAUAAUGGCGGUGUUCCCUCCAAUCCGAUCAAUAUCCUUUCGCGUAACUCGGAUGGCUGUCAAUUUAAAACUUUGGCCGAUCAUGCAUUUGAUCGAUGCAACUACAAGAGGUUUAGAAGUGUCGUUUGUCAUCAGGCAAUAUGCCAUAUGGCCGGCAUUCGCUACGAUCCGACUUACCUGUACAGUUUAAAUCCAGAAAAUCAACCGGCUGUGUCCGCUAGUAAAGAGUACUUCCUCCUGUGUCUGAAAUUGCUCGAUCUGCCGGUGUUUAAAAGAGUGACGAUAUUUGAGUUAUUGACCUGGUGUGACUACAGGUUGAAAGAUUAUGUACGCGACAGAAACUUUAAACGUGUAUUUACGGAAGCUUCCGUCAAAUACUGUCUGAGCCUUUCGUAUCCCUACUACUAUGACGCUCUCAUGGAACGUAUUUCAAGACUCCAAAGAAUUAUUUUUUUGGAAGACGCUUUGCAACGUUAAUAGUUAGUUGCUUUAAGCAUCGCUGUACUCGAAAAUUAACACCGAGUAUGCGAAUUAACCAAACAUUGUCAUUGUUUGAUCUUAAACUACAAUUAUCGUAUGUAUUAUAAACAUUUUACAUGAUUACAUAUGAAAAUAAUUAUUAGUUA